GAUUACUCUGUUUCUGUUAUCUUAAGUUUCAAGAUGGAAGAUGGCAGUCGAAGGGGGUGAUUGUACGUGGGUGAAGGAGCUGGAGACAGCUCUGGCAGAAGAAUGCAACUCCAGCACUGUUUAUGGAAUCUGCCAGGGUCAGAGUGUGCCAGAAGACCUCCGAGCCGAGGUAUGGAAAGCUUGUCUUGGGGUCAAGGACUCUUACAAGCAUAUCACCUUUGAUGAAAUCUUCGAUCUUCCCGAACAGAACAUCCUCCGAGAAGAUUGUCAGCAGUUUGUUGACAAGCUGGGCAAUGAUGACGAGGAUAAGCUGUCCGUGCUGUGUGAUCUGGAGAGUGUAUUGACAUUCCACCGUCGAUCACUGGGACCCACGGCCUGCUAUGCUCGCGGCAACGGCUGGGUAGAACUUCUCUUACCACUCAUAGCUCUCAAAUUACCACGUGACCAAACCUGUGCCCUCUUUCAGGCUGUGGUAUCCAAGUACAUACCGUGCAAUAACAAUGCAUUUCACCUGUUCCGACUACUGUUGCUGUACCAUGAUCCCCAACUUUGCUCAUUCCUUGACACCAAGCGAAUCACACCAGAGAAAUAUUCUGCACCUUGGUUUCAGUCUCUUUUUGCUGCUACCUGUAACCUGCCGGUGGUCAUGGUUAUGUGGGACCUCUACUUCCAGAAGGACGACUGUUUCUUCCUCCUGUUCCUUGGCCUUGUCAUGGUUGUCAACGCUAGAGAACAGAUACUAGAACUGUCUGGAGAGAGCAAGGAUAAGAUAGCAGAAGUGCUGACCAGCCUGCCGUGCGGUCUGGAGGCCGAGGACGUAGAAGACUUUUGUUCUCUGGCUCAGUAUUACGCAAACAAGACACCUUCGUCUUUCCGAGAGGAACUGGAAGGUCAUGUGUUCAGCCAAACCGAGGGGGAAGGGUACAGUGAUAUUGCCCAGGCCCUGUGUCUGCCAGUGUCAGUCAGUGAGCUAGUGGAGAACACUGCCCUAGUCGAGAUACCUGAGGACACCCCUCGCUUCUUCCUCGUGGACUGUCGGCCAGCUGACCAGUACAACGCUGGUCAUCUCGCCACCGCCUUCCAUCUUGACUGUAACCUGAUGUUACAAGAGCCAGUGGGGUUUGCGACAGCGGUGCAAGGACUUUUAUCGUGUCAGCGACAGGCUAUUGCAGCCGGCAGCAAUGCUGGUGGAGAGCACUUAUGUUUCCUUGGUUGCGGGCGACUGGACGAUGAUCAGUACACCCACAUGGUGGUGGCCUCCUUCCUGCAGAAACACACCCAUUACGUCAGCCUGUUGACUGGUGGCUAUCAGGCCAUCCACCGCUAUCUGGGCGAGCGUGUGAGCUCUGUGUUAGUGGAUCACAAUGCCACGUGCUGCAGUGAGUGUACUGCAACUCCUGGCAGUCUGGAGCUGAGCCACCACAACGGAAGCACCUCCAGUAGCUCUUCGGACCUCUUUGGCAAAAUUGGGGCUGCAGUGAAGUCCAAAUCAGCAGAAGUAAAAGACAAGCUGUUAGAAUAUAUCAACAACCCUAGUGGUGGUACUGUGACAAGCAGCGAGCGACAUGUGAGUGCGUCUGACAAGCUAGGCAAGCGUUACCGCAACAUGGCGCCAGUCUUCAGUAUUGACGAUGAUCUUGACACACCAGAUAUAGAGACGGAUAGUAACAUGUUUAAGGACUUGGUCCCUCUAGAGACAGUGUCUCUGUCAGCCUGGCUCAAGAAGCCCGAGGUGGUGGCCUCUUUCAGGUGUGAGGAAGUCAAUCUCAGUGGAUAUAUCUAUGAGAGCCAUUUGUUGGUAACUCCUACACAUGUCUAUGUGCUGAGGAACACACAGAAGAAGGAUAAUGCUCUGAUAGUGGUGAGGAGACCUCUUUCCAAUAUAGCCAAGAUCACGUGCAAGAAGAAACAGCCAGAUCUGAUAACCUUCAAGUACGGCAGCCAACAGGGUGACAAUCUAGUCAUCUCUGACAUGGAUAGGUUUCUGAUACCCCAGGCAGCUCAAGCAACAAAAAUAAUUUCAGAUCAAAUCCUGAAAAACGUGCAAGACACAAAGGACAAGAGCAGUACUUAACAUAGACUUUGGUUUAGAUGUACAUAACUGUUAAUAUAAUAAUAUGUCAUGAGCGUGUACAGAAUAUGGCAAGAUCAUGCACGGCGAUCUAGUCAUCGAUAUUUCUCUACGAACUACCAGACGAUCCUAACCUCUAAUUUAGAAUUUUAAUUUUGAACAUCUUUUGAAAUGUGUACAAAAAGUUUUUGUACUGAUUGAAUAUGUACAGAGUUUCUAAAGAUAAUGGUUUCAAUCAGUUUUCUGAAACAGCUUUCAAAGUUGGAUUUUAAUAUAUUUGUUAGAUUGUAAAUAGUGUAAGCAUGAAGAAAUUAACAAUUAUCGUUCUCUAAUUAAGCUGUUUUGGUUCAAAGCAGUGCAAUGUUAUGUUUGUUAAAAUGUUAAUGACAUGAAUCAAAACUAAAUAUGAAUAAUUGAGAUGAAAUCAGUGAUAAACUUAUCAUACACCUAACUUGUGCACACAAUGCAUUUUAUUUAUUAAAAUGUCAAUUAAGAUUGAUUACAGUGUUGUUUUAAUCGAACUCAGUUGAAUGUACUGUGGUUGUAACUGGUAUGUAGAUUUAGAAUGAGUGUUACAAUCAUAAGUAUGAAGGCCAAACUCCAUAAUUAUUGUGAUUUUUGUUUUAUAAUUAUGUAGAACAAAUACAGUUUUUGGACACAUUUUAUUUUUGUUCUGGUUAUAGUGGGGUUUUCUUUCUGGCACUCACAUAGCAAUAUCUGAGAAUAUUUAUUUCCUGGCUUGAAGGCUUAUAAUGACUAGUCCACUGAUACCUUAAAGAUCUUGAUGUGACAAAACCAACAACAUCACAACUAUCAAUUUCAGCCUGUCCUUUCACAAAUAACAACCAAUUCAUUUUCUAAAGAAAAUUUAUUUGUUUAGACAACAUAAUAUCUUUUAAUGAGACAUCAUACGUUACUUCAAAUUAAUUGUAUUUAUAAGACAACAAAAUUUGUACUUAAAAUACUAAGCCAAAUUACAUAAUUAAAGUCACUGCUAUUUAUUCUUGGUAUCAAAUCAGAAAUUUUCAGUAUUUUUGUCCGAGACUUUUUCAAGUGAGUGUAAAUUGUUCUUACAUUUAAAACUACUAGAGAAGACAUCUUGUAUAACUUUAUUUCAUUGCUACCAAGCUCUUCUCUAAUUUUCAGAAAUUUAAGUAAGAUAACUGAUAAUUGUCAUCCAUGAAUAAAUUUUAAUUGGGGUGAGGGAUCAAGACUUUUAAACAUCUGGUGUAUUUACAUAUUACACUGUGAUUUCAUAUUUAAAUUAUAUUUCAACAACUUUUUUUCUGUUACAUUCAGUAAUGUUGUUUAUAUUAUUCUAUUCAAUCGUUAAUAUCUGUUUGGUUUAUUUUUAUUUGUUAUUGUACUUUAUAUUCAAGAGAAUAUUUUGAGAAUGUGACACUAAUAAUAGUUAAUGUUAUUUUUGUCUUAGUUUACUUUAACUAGACAUUGUGAUAUCCCCCACAUACAACUUCUGCACGAACUCUUUGUAUGAAGUCUAUUCAAAAAUAAAUAAGGACUGGAAUAUUCAAUAUAAUGUUCAAUUGUUUUUAACUUGCAUAUUUGAGACAUACACUACCUCAAAGUAGUUCCCAUUUCAUGAAAGAGAUUUUGGUUGUGCUCUGCCAUUUCAUAUUUAAAGUGACUUUUGAGAACCGUGGAAAGUUGCUCAAUCAAAUAUUUUUGACUCUCUGUAACACCUUGUAAACCCCAUCUUCAGUUAAAGUUUGACUUUAAGAAGAGGAAAAGAGUCACAAGGAGAAGUAAAGUGAGUAAGGAGAUGUUUGCCCAAAAUCUGUUGGGCGAGAUAGUAGCAUUCUUUGUGCUCGGGCAUUAUUAUGAUGGAAUUACCAAGUAAGAAUGAACUCAUAGUGAACAAUCUUUUCUCAAUAAGAAAUAUUUUUGUUUGUCUUCACCUUGAUGUAGCUUUGCCAAGCAUUUUGGUGUGUCGUGACAUAUUGAAAUUGUCAAAUGAAACUUAUGUUCAUUACUGAAAAUCAUACUAACACUUUCAUAAGUGUUCUUUAAAUGCUUCCUGAAGUUUGGUAUAGUUAGACACAAAUACACUGAUUGACUUUUUCAUGCAUAUCAAAAUUCAGUGAAGAUAUUGAACGGCAUGUAAAGAAAACUACUGUCAAGGAAUUAAAUUAGAGGUUCAUCCAGCUUAGUAAGUAAGUCAGAUUAAAGUACUAAGAUAAAAUCCUCUUAACUUUGAUUCUUUUUACAGUACCAGAGAUAAGACACUAAUAGACACUUUUUGAAUAGACCUCAUACAUUUUUUUGUAUAGUUACAAACAAAUUAUUUAUCUUUCUUGCAUCUAUUAAUUUUGCAUUAUUUACUCUAAUAAUAGCAAAAUAAAUUUGGUUGUGAUAUUUAAAAGUUAAUAUUGGUGUUUUUAAUUUUAAAACGGUUAUAUACCAGACAAUAUUUGCAUGCUGAGUUUGUACAUAAUUUUGUGUAUCUAUAUAAAAAUAAACAGAUUGCUAUAUGAUUGUGUUUUGUACUUAAAUUCAAUGUAUUCUACAUAUAGUGCUAAUUUCCAAUCAAACUACCAAUGUGUUGUCUUUCCUAUUUAAUUUAUUAGUUUUAUAUUAUACAUUAGUUGUAAAUUAAACCAAACUUAGUUAUGCUUUGGUUUUUAUUGACUAUUGUGUAAAGUAUUAUUAGAUUUUUUACUGUGUAUUGAAAUACAGAAACUCCUCAUAUAAUGUGCUGUAUAAUUUUGUACACUAAUACCAUAAGUAAAAAUUGUUUUACUUAAAUUUAUUUUUACAAUAUCUCUUGGUGUAUUUAUGUUUACUCACUUCAUAAUCUUGAAUAUUUUGUUAACUGUAUGUAUCAUUCUUUCAGCUACUUUGUUUCUAUGAGAUAAUAAACUUAACAAAAACAAUUAUUCUUUGUAUAAAUAAUUAUGAACAGUUACAAAGUAUAUAACACUAACAAAUUUCUAAAAUAUCUCACUUAUUAAGAUAAGAGUAACCAUAAACUGUAGCUUGAAGUUUUAUAAUGAUACAGUUUACUAUCCCACUACCAUUAAGUAAUUAUUCUUAGAGUAAAGAAUAAUACUUUAACUGGAAUUUAUGUUAAUAAGUAUAAUUAUAAGGUAGUAUUUUUUAAAUUAUAUAUUUAGUAGAAAGUUUCAUACAACAUUA